AGUAUCGACAGUGCAACGGAGGUCGGCCGCAAUGUGCUGCAUGCAUCCAGCGCCGGUCAGACUGCUUUUAUGAUGCGACAGAGAAUGAGCGGUCUGCAAAGGAACUGCGAGACAUGUUCAAAGCACUCCGGGACUUGCUACCUGCUCUUGUCUCCGCGUCAAAUCAACAAACUGCCAUUACUAUCGCUUCGGAGAUCCAAGCAAAUGGCUUUGAACGCUACAGGCCUGACCAGCUGAGCUACAUGUUGCACCACGGCGUCGAUACCAUCCCAACAAUGUCUCCUUCCAAGAGCGAAGGCUCACCUGGAGAUGCAAGUACAGUUGCCGAGAGAAGUGGCGAAAGUGGACUCACGAGCAAUACGACACCUGUCAGUGGUAUCCAUGCCGCCUCUUCAUUACCACAAAAUCCAUCGUACUACGGCUCUUCUGUCAUACCUACCGAAAGUCCGCAGUUGAAGACCCGACCACCGACAGAAUCUCCAUACCUGUCACCAACGGUUUCGCGCCCGGACAGCGCUACCGCCAGACACGGUCAUAACUUCAUACCAUCGCCACUCUCUAUUCCUGCCACCGUCUCAACCAUACCCAGUCCUGUGCAAGGCAUCACAGAAGCCCUGCAUCCCGUCAACAUGAUGAAUCCGGGCGCUUUUGUUACUACGGGCCCUGUUCUGGACACGAAGACGGAGCUGACGACCUAUCCUUUGGAGUACCAACAAGUAGGAGUACUAGAUCCACAGCCUGUGGCAGAGACCAGACAACAUGUGCGUCCUCCGCGAGGGGCUACUACUCCCAAUCCUCCUGCCACCGAGAGGAAGCGGUACGAUCCAUAUGCCCGUCCAAAUGCCCGUACGAACCCGUCCCGGAGCUCGCGACUCCGAGGCCCGACCUCCGUGCUCCCUUCAUCGUCCGCAAAUUCAGCCGGCCCGGCCUCCGCCACACUUGUCUCCGAACUUUCACGCAUAGUCGACCGCUACCAGCACGCGAAACAAGCCGACAUCGCCGCCGGCCACGACCCAAACAUCGUACUUGGUCCCUCUGGCGUCGACAUUGGGCCCAUCAUGCAGCCGACAGCCAUUCCAACCAGCAACGACGACCCCAUCGCGACCUUCUCUGCAAAGCUUGCGUCUAUGGCGCUACCAGCUCACCUCCACGCUGACCGCUGUGGAAUCGCCUGGAUCAUGUCACAUGUCCUGCGCGCCACCAUAGCGCCGGCGUAUACGUCUGUGUACCUGCCCGACUGGCUGCAACCGACGUAUAGCCAAGCGACGAGCUUCCCAGACUCCCUCGUCAACUUUAUCCCAUGGCCCUCUGUGCGCGAAGCUCUGUGUGCUGGGUCAGCUAUGCCUGCGCUGACCGUACUGGCGGCCAGUCAAGUUAACUGGCCGUUUGACGGGGCAUCGACAAUAACGUACGACUAUGCUUCUGGUGGAUGGAUGCUGGCGCCCGCAUUUGAAACGCACGUGCAAGAGCUUGGUAACUGGAGCCUCGCCAGGUCGGCUGCGACGGCCGUCUUGGGCAUGGGCGGGGGCAACGUGUUGCAGCACGAGGGUUAGAGCCGAGCCCACCUAUGUCUAUCUUUUUGUUCCCACAUCUCCUUUGUUUUCCAUGUACAUUCUGCAUAUGUGCUGCAUGAGUGAAUGCAAGAC